UAUCUUCUCUCUUUUUGCUAACAUGCAACUCAUAUAUUCGUUUCUACAUAUUCAAGAUCUCUCUCUUUUUCUCUUUUUCCAUUCUAAAACUUUUAACUCCAAAACAGUCUCUCUUUCUUUCCUUUUCCCCAGCCUAACCAUGUCAUCUUACAAUACACCGGAUGAACCUUCUUCCUCUUCCAACUCCGGCCACCACAUGCCACCACCGGUUCAACAACAACUUAGCCGCUACGAAUCACAGAAACGCCGCGACUGGAACACGUUUCUACAAUACCUUAAAACCCUAAAUCCACCCAUAAAAAUCUCCCAAUUCGACCACACGCAUGUGCUAAGCUUCCUCGACUACUUAGACCAGUUCGGUAAAACCAAAGUCCAUCACCAAGCUUGUGCCUUCUUCGGGCAACCCGAUCCACCAUCUCCUUGCACUUGUCCUCUUAAGCAAGCUUGGGGAAGCUUAGAUGCUUUGAUCGGACGGCUGAGAGCUGCUUACGAUGAACAUGGUGGUGGAUCAUCCGAUAGUAACCUGUUUGGGAACGGGUCAAUUCGGAUUCAUUUGAGGGAAAUUAGAGAGUCUCAAGCCAAGGCUCGUGGAAUCCCAUACAGGAAGAAAAAGAAAAGGAAGAAAACCGCAAACGACGCCGAUGUGAUCAAGAAAGAUUUUUCAAACUCUGGGGGGUCGUAAUCACUAGUCGUAGUGAUCACUCAUCACUCGAUCAUUUAUAUAAG